UUAACUUUUUUUUAUUAAUAUAAACGAAUCUGGUCCGUUGGAUUCGACUUAUAAAUCGUACUAAAAGAGUUGAAAAAUCAACUAAUCAUAGUCGAUGCAUAUUUUGCAGGAACACCUAGCUCUUUAUAUAGGUAUUGAAGAUCCCAUUCCUAACUUCUUAUUUUUCCGAUUUCAUCAUUUCUAGCGAUCAAAUUGAAUACAGUUCAGCGAUGGCAAUGUGCUCGCUAGAGAAACGUGGCAACCUUUUUAUCCUGACCCUGAUAACUGACCAGGACGUCGAGCACCGGCUCAACCCCAACCUCUUCACAUCAAUCAUCUCAGCUCUUUCAAAAGCCAAGGCUCAGUCAACGCGUGGUUCAGCUCUUGUCACUGUGUCGCAUGGCAAGUUCUUCUCCAAUGGCUUAGACCUUGCUUGGGUCAAAGCCGCUGGCUCCAACCAAGAAGCCCAACAACGCUUCGACCAGUUGCUCCACUGCCUCAACCAGCUUGUCCUAGCCUUCAUCUCCCUCCCUAUGCCCACUAUUGCCGCCGUCAAUGGCCACGCAGCUGCAGCAGGCGUGGUGCUCGCCCUCAGCCAUGACUACGUCCUCAUGAGGCGUGAUAGAGGUGUGCUUUACAUGAGCGAUUUGGAUCUAGGAAUUAAGAUUCCUGAGCCUUUCAUGGCUUUGUUCAGGGCCAAACUAAGCCCGGGUUCGACUCGGCGGGAUUUGCUGCUGCGUGGGCUGAAGAUAAAGGGAGAGGAGGCUGUGAAAAUGGGGAUUGUGGAUGCGGUGCAUGAUGGUGAGGAAGGGGUGAGCGAGGCCGCGAUGAAGAUGGCAGAUGGGUUAGUCAAAAGAAAUUGGGACGCUCAAGUUUAUGUGGAAAUUAGGAAAGGGUUGUAUCCUGAGCUUUGUGGCAUGCUGGGAUUGGCUACCGAAGUUAUUGCAACUCCAAGGCUUUGAGUACGAUGGAUUUUUUUGUGUUUGAUUGUUGUUUUUAAUUGUUGAUUCAAUAAAUUUGUCCAAGUGGAGAGAUCACAAAUCCACAGGAGAUGGCGGCACAACAUGUGAGGUGCGUGUACCAAAAUUAGUCUUUAUACGCCAAUAGAAGUCUUCUAAUAAGUACCAAGACUUCUUACCAUUCUAGCUCGUGGGAAUGAAUAAAAUUUACUUUUCUAAAAAAAAAGUUACUUUCACAGCA